AGAAUGUCUUUCUGCUGGGUCUGCUGGGUCUCGUUCUUGAAUCCGAGGCUUUUGCACCUGGAGGGAAUCUAAUGAAAUCUCUUCUUCGGACACAUCCAUGGAAGACAUGUCAGUCCCAGAUGCCCGCACGCCUCGCCUGUGCUGGGACUCGUCAGACGCUCCGAGCCUCCCAAACCAAUCUUCCUGGGCCCAACACUCGAGCAGACGAGCUCGUCAAGUGGCUGUGGAACGAGGCUCAGUUCCGCCCUGACUACCCCUCGAUCUCGUUGGACUAUUUUGCAGAUGAUGUUGUGUACGAGGAUAUGGUGUACUCCGAGCCUUUCGUAGGGAAGGACGCAGUAAGGGAGUUUCUGCUCAAGACCAAGGAAAUGGCUCCUCCUGACUUUGUAUUUGUCGUCGACAGGGUCUCCGACGGCGUUAGGAGCUGCGGGCUGACUUGGCACAUCGAGUUGAAGACCCGACCCGAUGCAGGGAAGUUUGCCAACGGAUGUUCCUUCUACGAGCUCAACAGCGAGGGGAAAAUCUGCUACAUCCGAGACACGGUGGAAUCUCCUCUCAAGAUCGGAUCGUUCGGAUUGGUACUGGCCAAUCUUGCAGCUAAGGCCAUCAAAAUGACCCCGCCGCCGAGUUAAAGCAUGUUACUGGAGAAGCAUGGAGCAAGAGAAGGAAGGCGGAGGAAGGCGGAGAGGAGGGAGAAGAGGAGGAAUACUGGGAGGGUGAGCACCUGGAAUAUCUUACGAACCAGUACAACUUCGAAGAAUUCAAA